AGUUUUGGUGUACUGAAUUUUUGCCGCCAAAUUGCUUUGGUCCAGUCUUUCCAGCAGUUGUUCAACUUCGGCAUUAGUUUUCAUUAUUAUUUUAAUCGUGUUCAGCUUACAUUAUUUUGUACGCAGGCUUUAACAGUACAUACACUUGAGGGAAACAUGAUGAAUGACUGUCCAAGAACUCGAGAAGAUGUGGAGAAAACGCUCAAUGAAGCUAAGAUCAAAACCUCGGCGCUGAACCCGUGUACGCAAAUUCUUAAGUUUUCAGAGGAAGAGGCAGCCUAUACUUGUCUUGAGUUGAAUAAGGAGUUGUUGGAGACCUUAGAAUCAGGACAAUGCUUAGUUAUUCGAGGAGACAAAAGCGAAAAUGCCGUCCUCUGCACCAUCAACAAAACCUUUGAACUGAAAGACACUGAGACAUCAAAUUCACUUCUCAUCAUCAAAUCAAUUGAUAAUCACAGUGACUUAAAAUAUCUGCAAGAUAAUGAAGCUGAGGGAAGAGUAGAGCUCAGAAUUGUAGACAAGUUAGUGCACAAUUAUCUGGAACCUAGGCUGUGUAGGCCACACUUGCAAAUAGUCCGGAAACUGCUGAACAAGCAAAUCUUCAAAGGGCAAGAGAACGAGCGAAACGUCAGCACAUUCGACUUAUACAGUUUUGACAAACUUCUGACCACGGUGCAAGCCAGUGAAGAGGAGCUGUUAAAAGAGUUGAAAGAUUUAAAUGCCAUUGAAUAUAAUGGGUUUUGGAGGCUGCUUGAUUUUGAAUACCACUUCAGAGUGUUUUCAUUCAUUACAACUUUCAUAGAACAAGAGUCGAUCCCUUUGGACAAAAUCAACAUGGAAAUGUGCAGCAAUGCUUAUGAAGAAAUUGUGCCCAAAGAAAUAUUUGAACAAGUGUUCAAGUACUAUACAGAGCCUAGAGAAAGUAUGCCUGGGUAUUAUUCUUUGAAUCAAGACAAAGUGUGCAGAAUGGUCGCUGAGAGCCUCUUGAAAGAUUCUCGAAAAUUUAACCUCGAUGAAUUCUUGCCUGUUUGGCAAGAGAGUGUUCUUCCAGGUCUAGAAACAAAAUUAAGUCAACUUACUGGAACUGUGAUUGUGGACAAAGAAUCAAGUACUCCAGCGAUUUGGUAUUUUCCUGAGAGAGAUUUGCCUGAAAACAUCAAUGCAAGAUUGCAACGAUUAUUCCAGGAACGGACAUCGUGGCCUUUGGAUGACAUCCUGCCUUACAUGGAAAAACUUGCAACACCACAGCUUCCAGUGAACGCCCUUCUCGCUAAAUAUGCAAGAAUGUCCAGCAAGGAUGGAACCAAAUAUUUCACUGGUCGUCAUUCAAAAUAAAGAAAUACCAUAAUUAUUAGUAAAAACA